CCGCGGCUCGGCUGCGUAUAUAAACCCGCCCACGUCUCACCACUCCGUCUUUUUCAUCGACUGCCACCUUCUGGGCAUCCACGUUUACCCCACAGCCUCUAUCCAUCAGCCAUGGUUCUCUCAAGACAUCUCCCAGAGUGCUGGGGCCACCGCGGUGCUUCAGCUGCAUUCCCCGAGAACACGCUCGCCAGCUUCGAGGCCGCCAUUCGGGACGGUGCCGAAGGCAUAGAGAGCGACGUGCAUGUCUCCUUGGACGGCGUCGUCGUCAUGUUCCAUGACCCCGCCUUGGAUAGAACCACCAAUGGUACUGGUUUAAUUAGGGAACGCGACUGGUACGGUCCGGACGGAAUGGAACGCCUCCUCACCGUUAAGGAACCCCAGCAAGCAAUUCCGACAUUUGCCGAGACCGUCGAGCUUCUCAUGAAGCCUGAGAACCAAAACGUCUCGUUCAACGUAGACGUCAAGGUCCAGAACGACCCGGACCGGCUCUUCCAGCUCAUGCACGAGAUCAUCGCCGCCCAGCCCGACUGGGAGACGCGGCUCGCGCCCCGCAUCCUGCUCGGCCUCUGGCAUCCGUGCUUCGUACCCCACGCGAAGGCGCGCCUUCCGUAUUGCCGCCGUUCGCAUAUUGGUGCGAGUACCGACGCGGCACGGAAGUAUUUCUGGGACCACGUCGAGGUGUUCUCGAUGUCGUUUGCGAGUCUGACGACGAGCGAUGGUCAAAAGUUCCGGGCAGAGUGCAAGGCGGCCGGUAAGAAGAUCAUGGUGUGGACGGUGAACGAGCCCGAGCACAUGAUGGAGGUCGUACGAUGGGGCGCAGACGUCGUCCUGACGGAUCAUACCAAGCGAUGGCUCGAGCUGCGGAGCUCUCUCCAAGUUGACUACGACAACACUCUGGCCAAGUACAGCCGUAUGUUCCUGUGGACGACGUGGAAAUUCUGGUACCCGUCAAUCGAGGCGAAGGACCGGACGAACCGGCUGGAGCUCGAGGCCUUCAAGGGUCCUUUCGAGAACUUCCUGCAGCUGCCGGUCGAGGUGGCGGCUACCUAAUAGACCUGGAUACCAGACAGGAUUAGAGCAUGGGAUGAAGACCAUGAAAGAAGAAGCUAAAGUAAUAGGAUAUAGAUUCCCCAGCACGCGCCUACGCGCGAUAUUCCCCCCUCGUCGUAUAUAUGGAUACAGAUAUCGAUAUGGAUAACCAAAGUAAUAGACUGUACAGGCCACAUUGCUAUGGCUGACAUCGAUGAUUG